AUGAACCCCAGUGCCAGCGACUAUAGUAUUUUCGAAAACGGAGUGCACGCUGGAGGGAAUAACGCUGCAAUCUCAGCUGGUCGUGGACAUCCACCCAUGUACGCGUGA